CAUGUUGACCAGUCAUCCUCGCGCCUGCUAUUUAAGCCGAAGCAGCUUCUGCUUAUUUAAAACUUUUCAGCAAUUCACAUCGUUCUUUUCCCAGCUUCCAACAAGAUGGCCCGCACUAAGCAGACCGCUCGCAAGUCCACCGGUGGCAAGGCGCCCCGCAAGCAGCUGGCCACCAAGGCCGCUCGUAAGACCCCCGCCACCGGCGGUGUGAAGAAGCCUCACCGCUACCGCCCCGGUACCGUGGCGCUGCGUGAGAUUCGCAAGUACCAGAAGUCGACUGAGCUGCUCAUCCGCAAGCUGCCGUUCCAGCGCCUGGUCCGUGAGAUUGCCCAGGACUUCAAGACCGACCUGCGCUUCCAGAGCCAGGCCGUGCUGGCGCUGCAGGAGGCCGCUGAGGCCUAUCUGGUGGGCCUGUUCGAGGACACCAACCUGUGCGCCAUCCACGCCAAGCGUGUGACCAUCAUGCCCAAGGACAUCCAGCUGGCCCGCCGCAUCCGUGGCGAGCGCGCCUAAGCGUCCUGGCGUCUGCGCUGCCCUCUGGCGUCUCCCCGUUGUUUCGGGCGUGACAGCAGCGGGAGGCGCAACAAAAAACUCGGUGUUUCUCAACACCACCUUAUCCUCGUGGUCUUGGAGGGCGGGGCUGUGGGGCAGUGUGACAAAUUCCAAGCCGAAGUCGUGGCUACAAGGGAACCUCCACCUUUUACCUUGGAUUUUGGGUGGUUCGGACCCCACUUGUCGCGCCGAACGGCAGAUUGGCAGGGGGGCGCGGUGGAAGGCAAUAGAGAUGGUGGGAGGAAUUGAGCAGCUGCGUCAACCCCUGUGUUUGGCUGCUUGGGGGGAGCUACACUCGUG